AUGGAAGGGCUGUUCGGAGGACAAAGGGCGCUGCUUCUACUCGCGCGGACGGUUGCACUACUCGGGGACGAUGGGUGGUCGCCGGAAGGCGGGUCGCGACUGCUUACGUCUAGGUUGUGGGGAGGGCGACGAUGGCAGCACGUGGCCUUGAAGCUCACGGCUAUGGCUGCUCGGAGGGGUUCAGUUCACAAGGUUAGGCCAACGCUUCUUUGCCUUCAUACCUGGGCCAAGUCCGAUUCCAUAAAAGACCUGGCCGUCCAACCGUCGGUUAAGUCCGACCUAUUCCGGGCUGCAGAGAAUGACAGCACCAAAUCUCCCACCGCUAAACCUCUCCCCGCCGCUAUCGUCCGCAGUCUGAUCCGCCAGAUCACCGUCUGGCGCAUCCGCCGGGGAAUCGGACGGAGCAGCCGGUGCCGGAGGCGACUUGUGAUUCCUGGACGGCGCCGGCGCCGGAGCCAGAUCCGAUUUGAACAGCUCCUUGGGCAGCAGCACCUUGUCGAGUUUAUAAAUUGCCAGCUGCUGCUCGUUGACCAACGAAGUAAUAAUCUUGGCCGUCACGACACCGGUCUUGAUGGUCACAAGACUGAGAAUGACAGCACCAAAUCUCCCACCGCUAAACCUCUCCCCGCCGUUAUCAUCAGUCUGAUCCGCCGGAUCACCGUCUGGCGCAUCCGCCGGGGAGUCCGACGGGGAAUCGGCCGGAGCAGCCGGCGCCGGAGGCGACUUGUGAUUCCUCGACGGCUUCGGAGACUCUGCAUCGGCUUCGGGACCCGGAGCCGGCGCCGGCGCCGGAGACAGAUCCGAUUUGAACAGCUCCUUGGGCAGCAGUACCUUAUCCAGCUUAUAAAUUGCCAGCUGCUGCUCGUCGAGCAGCGAAGUAACAAUCUUGGCCGUCACGACACCCGUCUUGACGGUCACAGUGCUGCCGUCGUUCUGCACCGUGAAAUUGUAUUUUUUCGCGCCGUCAGUGGCCAAUGUGUUGAAUACUCCGUUGCCCGAUUUCAAUCCCGCGAGCGAUUCGUAGACCGGAAUCCCGUGGUACUCGAGUACAGAUUGCUUAUCGUGUGUGCUCAGAUUCUUAUUAUAUUCCGGCAAGAAUUUCUUCAUCGCGUCGUCGCUGGGGCAGAAAACCCCUGCGGAUUAUCCCGCAGCGUCUCGGCGAAGAUCUUGCAGUCGGUGGCCGACAUGAGGGCCGUGAGAUUCAGCGGCGCCGGCGCCGGCGACGGCGCCUCGGCCUCGGGGGAAGCGAUGAGGGACGAGAUCUGGAUGACGGAGAGGUUGUACGGAAUGGACUGA